AUGCUUUUCCAAAACUUGACGCAGCAGGCGCACUGGAUGUCGACGACGUGGAUGAAUGGUGGUGUAUGCGGCAAUCCAUCCCAUCCCAGCGAAGCUUACUAUCUGAGGAUUGUGUUUGAGCACCAGAUUGAGCAUGGUGGCGGCUUCUUGUGUUUCCAUUAUCGCCACCGCCCGCACAAGCGGCAGGGCGAGGACGCAUCCUCCCAGUACUGCAUGGCCAUUGUCAAGAUGACGCCGGACACAUUCAAGCAGUUUCAGCAGGACUACAGCGGCACGCCAUGGCGCCUCAGCACAGACGUGCCUCUGGAGACAGAGCUCAGUGACGCGGAUGCCGACCUUGAUGUCGUCGUCGAAGAAGUGCCAGAGUCGCCCCAGCUCCCAACUCUCCCAGAGCUCAACCCGCCAAAGUCAAUGCCGAAUGGAAAUGUAGGCACCCCUACUGCCCUGUAUCACGAGCUCAUUCGCACGUGCCAGCUCCCGCCACCGGUCGUUGGCAAGCUUGGGCUUGACUUUGUGCGCAGCCGCAAGCGCAGAUACGGCCGUGUGCCGCUUGAUUACGGUACAGCUGUUGUUGCUGCACCAAAGCAGACACCGCCACCGCCACUGCACGUGAUACCCCGCCGGCACAUGGCCAAACUUGCUGGCACGCGCCCUGUCCGUCCGCCCGCCCAAGCACCCGAGGUGAUGGUUGGAUGGGGUUGCUGGCGGUCAAGCGUGGCGCUGCGCAUGCGUGUGGAUGCGGGUGCCAUUGUGGACGAGGACAACGAUGAUGGUGGUGGUGAUGAUGGUGGUGAUGAUGACGACGAUGAAGAGGAGGAGUGGGAUCGGCACAUUGGAUUGAACCCACAUGAUGAGAAUGAUCAGGAGCGAAGCAAGGACAGGCUGUUUGAGAAGAGCGUGGCGCAUCCGUGGGACAAAGGGGAUGCGAGCGCGCUUGUGUGGUACACGGACGCGGCGUAUUGGGAUGCGCAGCAGGGCGACUUUGACGAGCGCAACGCAGACGAAUACGACGUCGAUCUCACCGCACACUACGGCCUCGGCCACGGCGAUCGCACGAGCGAGCAAGUUGCUGAGAUGCGCGCGUACGGAUAUCGCGCCCAGCCCGGGGCAGCGGGGCGCCACCACAACCCCGGGUAUGCCCCCUUUGAGCGGCACACGAGGGGUGUGGGAAGCAUGAUCCUGCGCAAGCAUGGGUGGCGUGCGGGGGAGGGUGUGGGCCGGCGUGGUGGUGGGCUGGUGGAGGCACUGGAGGCUGAGGGGACAGCGGGGCGCCGCGGGAUUGGAUACAGGGGGCCACCACAGCCAGGGGGUGGCGGUGGUGGUGGUGGUAGUGGUGGGAGGAGGAGGAGGAAGGCAGCAACAGCAGCGCGAGUACAGCCAGCGUAG